ACUUUUUCUCAUUCUCUCCCGCGGUGUCCCCCACAGACCCGCCCAACCCGUGCCUCCCUCCCCUCUUCUCUUCUGGGGUCCUGCCCACCUCCCUAAGGGGAGCCGACAGUUCUCCCGACUCCGGGCGGGGCGAGAGGCCGGGCCGGGGGCUGGAGGGUCGGGAGGAGGAGAAAGGGAACGCAGAGGCGAGAGAAAUUAGGAGGCGGGAGAAAUCAAGGGCUACAACGAAGAGGGGAGUCAGAGGAUGGUCGAGAGCACUUUUUGGGAGCCGCCACACCGUGUCUCAGGCUGGCCUGGCUGAACUAGGGGAGAGGGACACGAGCGGCGCAGGGCGGGCGCUGGGGCGGCGGGAGACUGCGCGGGCCUGACCUCCUCAGAGCGCCCCGCUGCGGCCGCGCAGGUUCGGCCUCGUCGUCCAGCCAGUCCCGGACCGACCGCUGGGUCGCCCCCAGGGGACGCUGAGCGCUCUAGCAGCGUCCGGGCCAGUCGGCCGGCGGGCGUGCGGGCCGUGCGCCCUGGGCGCGCGAGGCGGUGAGGCCCUGGGAGCGCUGCGCGCCGGGACGCACGGGCCGGCAUGGCGAUGCACGCCCUUACCGGCUUCUCUCUAGUUAGCCUGCUCGGCUUCGGCUACCUGUCCUGGGACUGGGCCAAGCCGAGCCUGGUGGCCGACGCGCCCGCGGAGGCUGGCGUGGAGCACCCCUCGGCUGCUCCACCGCAGCCUCCCCACAUCAUAUUCAUCCUCACCGACGACCAGGGCUACCACGACGUGGGCUACCAUGGCUCAGAUAUCGAAACCCCUACUCUGGACCGCCUGGCAGCCGAGGGUGUCAAGUUGGAGAAUUAUUAUAUCCAGCCCAUCUGCACACCUUCACGGAGCCAACUUCUCACCGGCAGAUACCAGAUCCACACAGGACUUCAGCACUCCAUCAUCCGCCCUCGGCAGCCCAACUGUCUGCCCCUGGACCAGGUGACACUGCCUCAGAAGCUUCAGGAGCUGGGCUACUCUACCCACAUGGUGGGCAAGUGGCACCUGGGCUUCUACCGGAAGGAGUGCCUGCCCACGCGCCGGGGCUUUGACACCUUCCUGGGCUCGCUCACAGGCAACGUGGACUACUACACCUAUGACAACUGUGAUGGCCCAGGGGUGUGCGGCUUCGACCUGCACGAGGGUGAGAAUGUGGCCUGGGGGCUCAGCGGCCAAUACUCCACUCUGCUCUACGCCCAGCGCGUCAGCCACAUCCUAGCCAGCCACAGCCCCCGGCAGCCCCUCUUCCUCUAUGUGGCCUUCCAGGCGGUCCACACGCCUCUGCAGUCCCCGCGCGAGUACCUGUACCGCUACCGCACCAUGGGCAAUGUGGCGCGGAGGAAGUACGCGGCCAUGGUGACCUGCAUGGAUGAGGCCGUGCGCAACAUCACCUGGGCCCUCAAGCGCCAUGGUUUCUACAACAACAGUGUCAUCAUCUUCUCCAGUGACAACGGCGGCCAGACCUUCUCGGGGGGCAGCAACUGGCCGCUGCGAGGACGCAAGGGCACUUACUGGGAAGGGGGUGUGCGGGGCCUGGGCUUUGUCCAUAGCCCCCUACUCAAGAGAAAGCGACGGACAAGCCGGGCACUGGUGCACAUCACUGACUGGUACCCGACUCUGGUGGCUCUGGCAGGGGGCACUGCCUCGGCAGCUGAUGGGCUGGAUGGCUAUGACGUGUGGCCAGCCAUCAGUGAGGGCCGGGCCUCACCGCGCACGGAGAUUCUGCACAACAUUGACCCACUCUACAACCAUGCCCGGCACGGCUCCCUGGAGGGCGGCUUCGGCAUCUGGAAUACCGCCGUGCAGGCUGCCAUCCGCGUGGGUGAGUGGAAGCUGCUGACGGGAGACCCCGGCUAUGGCGACUGGAUCCCACCCCAGACGCUGGCCGCCUUCCCUGGCAGUUGGUGGAACCUGGAGAGGAUGGCCAGUGCCCGCCAGGCCGUGUGGCUGUUCAACAUCAGUGCUGACCCCUACGAACGGGAGGACCUCGCUGGCCAGCGGCCAGAUGUGGUCCGAGCCCUGCUGGCCCGCUUGGUGGACUAUAACCGCACAGCUAUCCCUGUGCGAUACCCAGCUGAGAAUCCCCGGGCCCAUCCUGACUUUAAUGGGGGUGCAUGGGGGCCUUGGGCCAGUGAUGAGGAAGAAGAUGAAGAAGAGGAGGAAGGCAGGGCUCGAAGCCAGUCCAGGGGGCGACGCAAGAAAAAAUGCAAGAUUUGCAAGCUGAGAUCCUUUUUCCGUAAACUCAACACCAGACUGAUGUCCCAUCGGAUCUGAUGGGUGGGGCUGAGAUACUUUCCCAUGCAAGCUGGCCCUGUUCCUCACCAGGGAGGGGCUUCCAGUCAAGUCCUCCUCUUCAGGGAAAUGGGGGCCAUACAGUCUCUCAGUUGAAGGGUGGGUAGCUUGGUUUGGGGCUUGGGGGAGAAUAAACAAGACUGGGAUGCCCGGGGUCCCA